GCCCUUCUUAAAAAUGGCUACCGCUGCGCCGCUGGAAGGAACCGCUCUGGGCCACGCCUUUGAUCUCGUUGGUGGGGCUUGAGGGGAUGAAAACUGCACCGCGCGGGAGAAGUCGCCGGCGGCGCCCGACGGACCAGAAGAAAGAGCAUGGAGCUGGAGAAGACUGUCAGUGCAGCCCUCCUUGCCUUUGUCCAGACACAUCUCCCAGAGGCCGACCUCAGUGGCUUGGAUGAUGUCAUCUUCUCCUAUGUUCUUGGGGUCCUGGAGGACCUGGGCCCCUCAGGCCCAUCAGAGGAGGACUUUGAUAUGGAGGCCUUUACUGAGAUGAUGGAGGCCUACGUGCCUGGCUUUGCCCAUAUCCCCAGGGGCACAAUAGGGGACAUGAUGCAGAAGCUCUCAGGGCAGCUGAGUGAUACCAGGAACAAAGAGAACCUGCAACCACAGAGCUCUGAGGUCCAAGGUCAAGUACCCAUCCCCCCAGAUCCUCUGCAGAGGCCUGAAAAGCUCAAAGAAGAGACCAGGUCUUCUCCCACUGCUGCUGAGGACACCCAGGACAAGGCAGCAGGUGCUGAGGAGGAGCUGCUGCCAGGGGUGGAUGUACUCCUGGAGGUGUUCCCCACCUGUUCAGUGGGGCAGGCCCAAUGGGCGCUGGCCAAAGCUCGGGGGGACUUGGAAGAGGCUGUGCAGAUGCUGGUAGAGGGGAAGGACGGCCCCAAUCAGGACCUGCCCAGGCGCCUCAGAGGCCCCCAGAAGGAUGAGCUGAAGUCCUUCAUCCUGCAGAAGUACAUGAUGGUGGAUAGUGCAGAGGAUCAGAAGAUUCACCGGCCCAUGACUCCCAAGGAGGCCCCCAAGAAGCUGAUCCGCUACAUUGACAACCAGGUAGUGAGCACCAAAGGGGAGCGAUUCAAAGACAUGCGGAACCCUGAGGCCGAGGAGAUGAAGGCCACAUACAUCAACCUCAAGCCAGCCAGAAAGUACCGCUUCCACUGAGGCACACGCCAGAUUCUGCCUGAGCCGUCUAGGCUCAGAUCCCAGAUGGAUGCAGGAGCCCUAUAUACCCCACCCCCCACCCGGCAGGGGCCUCCUUAACUCCUCACCCCCUUCUCUGCUUCCUUGUCCCACAGUGUUAACCUCUGGGAGUUGCCCAUGGGCACAGUAAAGGUGGCCCGAGGAAA